AUGGGACGAAAAGAGGGCGGGAUCGCCGCCAUCAUGGCUGGACGACCGUUGGUGGUCAGACAGAAAAGGACGGCGUUUCAAGCUUUUCGAGGGGUAUUUUUUUGAUUUAUUUGUGCUGAAACUAGUAGGGAAGAGUUAUAAAAUUAAAAACACCUUCACUAAAAGUCAUUUUCCAACCAAUUUCGAAUUUUUUUAGUCUGCUUAAGUUUCAUUUUGGUCUGCUUAAGUUUCAUUUUUGGUCUGCUUAAAUUUUAUUUUGGUCUGCUUAAUUUUCAUUUUGGUCUGCUUAAAUAUGAUUUUGGUCUGCUUAAGUUUCAUUUUGGUCUGCUCAAAUUUCAUUUUGGUCUGCUUGAGUUUUAUUUUGGUCUGCUUAAAUUUCAUUUUGGUCUGCUUAAUUUUCAUUUUGGUCUGCUUAAGUUUCAUUUUGGUCUGCUUAAAUUUGAUUUUGGUCUGCUUUUUAUAUUUUCUAACCUUUUCCAAAAAAGUUGCUCAACACUGUUUUAACUUUUCAAAAUUUCGAGAAUAACUGUAAUUUUCAUUUCAGAAGCUUGAAUCAAAAAUUUCCAAGUUAUUUAGAACGUGAAAUCCGGCGGUCCUCAUGUCGCCUUACUCCUCGGUUCCGCUAUUUAUGUCUACCUCGGGGCCCUCUUUUUUCAAGCGAUAGAAUCGGCGCACGAAGUCAGUUUUUCAGUUCUAAUACCCUUCUUUAAGAUUUUCCCAGAACGCAGAAACUACUAGAAUCGAGCAGAAAUUCAGCGAACUCCAACGGGAAUUAGUCAGCCGAGCGCAGUCAGUGAAAAAUUUAGGUGAGACUAAACUGAAAUUAGUUAAUGAAAUGUUUCAGGUUCAAUUCAACAGAAUGAGUCGCUGAGCGAGAUGAUAGAGCUUUUCACGCAACGGUUUAUGAGCGAUUUCGCGAAUCCGGUGUGUUUUCAGAUUUUAAAAUCAUAUUGAUCACUUUUCAAACCUCUGAUUGUCGAUUCAAGUUCAGAUUGCUGCAAAUUACUAUGAUUCAAUUUUCUAUAACAACGGAAAAUAUGUACCGCUAUGGAAAAUGGACUCAGCCAUUCUGUUUGCGGCCACGUCCAUUGUACCUGUUGGUUCGUUAUAACCAUUCUGUAUUUAUUUUUUUACAUGAUUUUUUUAAAUUUCGAGAGUUGUGAAAAAAAAAUUUUCUCAGUGGAGUUUUGGUCUGCUUAACUUCUUGAAAGCUGAAUUUUGGUCUGCUUAGAUUUAGUUCUUAUUUGCUUAAACUUCAAAACGAUUAAUUUUAAUCUGCUUAACUGUAACAUAACUGAACCAUGAUAUGAUUGUACAAAAUUUUUCAAGUUUUUCUGUCAGAACUUCUUGAAAUUCUCAAUUUAGGCUAUGGUUACAUCACACCGCUGACUCCAACAGGCCGAGUCGCUCUGUGCAUCUACGCUGGCGUCGGCGUCCCCAUGGCCUUGGUGAUGCUCACCGAUCUCGGCAAGUUCCUCUGCGAAGUUUUCUUCCGGCUUUUCAAAGAGGUUUUUAUUUUCUUACCGUUUGAGACGUUUUUUGAAGCUCAGGAAGAAGUACGAUAUGUUUUAGUAGUUGAUCAUUAAGCUGAAGUUUUCAAAAGCAGGUCAGAAUUUGUUCAAUGAGAGAUAGGCAGACAAAGUGCAGUUGAAAAAAAGUUAAGCAGACCAAAAACCAUUUUUCAAAGUUUAGCAGACCAAAAUUCAGCUUCUCAAAAGUUAAGCAGACCAAAAUCGAUUUUUUAUGAAUUAAGCAGACCAAAAUUCAGCUUCUCAAAAGUUAGGCAGACCAAAAUUCAAGUUACAAAAAGUUAAGCAGACCAAAAUUUAGUUUUCAAUAAAUUAAGCAGACCAAAAUUCAGCUUCUCAAAAGUUAAGCAGACCAAAAAUUCAGUUCUCAAAAAGUUAAGCAGACCAAAAAUCGGUUAACAAAAAGUUAAGCAGACCAAAUUCAAUUUUCAAUAAAUUAAGCAGACCAAAAUUCAGUUUUUCAAUAAAUUAGGCAGACCAAAAUUGAUUUUUCAAUAAAUUAAGCAGACCAAAAUUCGGUUAAAAAAAAGUUAAGCAGACCAAAAUUUAGUUUGCAAUAAAUUAAGCAGACCAAAAUUUAGCUUCUCAAAAGCUAAGCAGACCAAUAUCGAUUUUAAAACAAGUACUGAAACCUUCCAGAGAAAAUAGGGAUUUUUUCGAGCGAACAUCUUAAACUUGAAAAGUCGCCAUGCAUACGCAGAUUUCAGAACGUCAACCUCUUCAUGGCGGUGCUCAUCCUAACCCUCAUCUUGUAUUCAGUUAUUGGUGGCUUGAUAUUGACCCAACUUUCCGGGAUGUCCAUGGUGGAUGGGAUCUACUUCAGUACUGUCACCAUUUUCAUGAUCGGUUUUGGUGAUAUUGGGUGAAUUACAAAAAAAAGAGUCGAUACAAUUUUGUUCUUUUUAAGAAUGACGAUUCCUGUGGCGUACGUGUUGAUCUUCAUCGUAUGCGGAGUGACGCUUGUUACUAUUUCAGGUUUUUUUCAUCUUUUCGAUUGAAAAGUUUCUCAAGAUUUUCUUGCAGUUGACGUCGUCGCAGCCAGUGUCAUUCAUCACAUCCAUUACAUGGGUCGUCAAGUUGGAAAAGCUAAAGAAAUCGCGGAAAAAAUGCUACAGGUAAAUUUUGCCCCUACUUUUUCAAAUUACUUUCAAUGAGUCGCUUUUCUCCAUCUCAGAUGGCUCAAAAAAUCAAUAUAAGUCGUGGCUUGGGCCUUGGUAUGGCUCAACUUGGUGCCUUCGCAAGAAUGGGUCUUUUGGCUGAGGUUUGCGGUUUUCGAGAUCAAAUGGCAUUUUUUGGGUCAGGGUGAUGGAAUAAAGGGAUCUUCGACAAUGGAGACGCGGCUGAGUACCGAAGAAAUUCAAUUUCGCAAAAGGAAAAGCACGGCUUUUGAUCCUGAUAUUGAUUUCGAUCUGAUCGAUCAUAAAGAUGGUAAGCUUAGUUUCUGGGUUCUUUACCUUUUCCUCUUAAGAUGCCACUUGCUAUCUUUACGGCUUUGGAUUUCAUGGGAAUGUAGGAUUCGCCGACAUGGACGAUCAAGACGACGUUUUUUACACGUGA